AUGCAAAACCCCGAGGAUAGUGGUGGUGGUGUUGGAGGUUCUGGCUUUGUGGACAUGCUGUGCACUGAAGAGAUGGAGUGUAAGAUCUGCUACUGCGCCUACAACCUGGGGAGUCGAAGGCCUAAGGUGCUUGAGUGCUGCCACCGUCUCUGCUCCAAAUGUCUCAUUAAGAUCCUGGACUUGGGUGAGUCGCUUCCCAAUGCCUUGGUGUGUCCGUUUUGUCGCUAUCUCACCAGACUGCCGGGAGAAGCUGUGAGCAACCUGUCGGAUGAUUCCAACCUGGUGGCAAAGCUGGCCCUCCAAAACAGGAAUCAGAGAAACCGUCAGUUCCACCAGGAGGCAACUACAGAACUGCUCCUAAGCCCCAUGCGCCUGAGCUCACUGAUGAGCAGCAAUUCACCUGUGAUAUCUACUUCCUCCUCCACAUCUUCCUCUACCCCUUACUCCACCAUCCGCAGCUCCCCUAAUUUUGUGGUCAUUACUAUCAUGGAGCCUCCGCCGGCAUCCAUAUCCACCCAAGACAUCCAUGCCUACCAGCAGAUACAUGGCUCUCACCUGUCAAACCAGGACUACCACUCAUCCAGUCUGGACUCUAUGGCAUCCAUCGCAGAGAGGUGUACGGUGUGGAACUGUGCAGCCCUCCUGUGCCAGACUUCAGCCCGGGCAUUGGUAUGGGUCCUGGGGCUCUUGUACUUUAGCUCCCUGCCUAUGGGGGUUUACCUGCUCAUAAUGCAGAGGACAACACUCGGGGUGCUUCUGGUGAGCCUGGUUCCUGCCAGCCUCAUCGUGAUCAUGGUCUAUGGGUUCUGCCAGUGUAUCUGCCAUGAGUUCUGGGACUGCUUACCAUCAUAA